AUGGCGCUAUUCGGGACCUCUGACGCCCUGAUGUGCAGGGCGUUCCCGACAACCCUACAGGGGCCAGCCCGUGCAUGGUACAGUGGCCUGAAGCCAGGCACCAUCGUCUCAUUCGAUCAGCUCGCCAAGGAUUUCGAGCUUAACUUCUUGGCGUACGCCCGACCAAAGUCGUCCAUGACGUUACUCCUCGGGCUCAACCAGAAGGAGGACGAGCCCCUCUCCCAUUUUGUGAACCGAUUUACAACGCAAAUCCGCGGAUUGUCAGAUGCUCACCCCUCUCUCUUGAUGCAGGCAUUCAUGACAGGCCUGCGGCCCUCCAAGUUCUUCUGGUCGCUCGUGGAGCAUCCCCCUUCCGCGGUCCCCGAGAUGCUCCAACGCGCCGGUCAGUUUAUCGCCGCGGAGACUUGGAUGGCUAGAAAGCGGGAGGAGCACAAAAAGGUCAAGUCGGAGCCGCCCCGACAGCAACAACCCGCCGCUUCCCGGCGAAAGUUGGACGGACCUGUCCCAAGGCCUCCUCUUCCCGCCUUGAAUUCAUCUCGAACUGAAAUAUUUCUACACGAGAAGGGGAAGGGACUGCUCAAGGACCCUCACCCGAUGAGGAACCCGCGAGAGCUCGCGGACCGUUCAAGGUAUUGCCGAUUUCAUCGACAGCAUGGGCACGACACUGAGCAGUGCUACAAAUUGAAGAGGCAAAUCGAGGAGCUCAUCCUCAGAGGUCACCUCAGCCAGUACCUCCGGCCGAACAAAGAGCAGUCGCCUCGCCCAGAGGGCCCCGUCGAGCGACACAUUGAUGUGAUAGCCGGGGGCCCCGCAUCAGGCGGAGCCUCCAUGUCGGGCAGGAAGGCGUACGCCCGAGCUGCUCCCGAUGAAGCCUCGGGACACGAGCCCGAGCCCGUGAUUACCUUCCCAACUGGAGCCGCCGAGCGACCCGACCACGACGAUGCCUUGGUAAUAUCGGCCAGGGUAGCCAACGCGCAGAUGAGGAGGAUCAUGGUCGACACGGGGAGCUCGGCCGACAUACUUUACUUCGAUACCUUCCAGAGGCUAGGCCUGGCCAGGGAAAAUCUGAACCCAAUGUGCUCGACGCUCACCGGUUUCACGGGAGAUUCAAUAUCACCCCUGGGGGUGGUUACUCUGCCCUUGACUCUGGGGACCCCGCCAAAAUCGAAGACGGUGAUGACCACUUUCCUGGUAGUCGACCUUCCCAUCGCCUACAAUGCCAUACUUGGUCGGCCGACCCUCAACAAAGUCAGAGCCGUCGUCUCAACCUACUACCAGACCAUCAAAUUCCCAACCAGUGCUGGAGUCGGGGAAGUCACGGGAAGCCCCCGGGAAUCCAGGCAAUGCUACCUUACUGCCGUAUCAUUGGGCAAGAGAGCCAACACCGAGGCGCGUCUGGAGGACCCACGAGAAACGAAAAAACCAGCUCCCCAUCCCGAACCGAAGGGGUCUAUUAUCGACAUACCCUUGCGAGAAGCUCGACCAGAACAGACGGUCAAGAUCGGAUCGGAGCUACACGAGUGGGAACGAGAGCAGCUCGUCGGUCUCCUAUGGGAAAAUGCCGACGUCUUUGCCUGGUCCCUGUCGGACAUGACGGGUGUCGACCUAGAGGUCGCGGAGCAUCAUCUCAACAUCCCACCUGGCGCCCGCCCGGUGAAAUAA